AUGCCUCGAUUAGUCGUGGAAUUUCUCUACGUUUUUUUUCAUGACAAAUUGAACACAGCACGACGAGAGUUGUUCACCCUUUGGCGACUUCAAGGUAAAACAUUCUUCAAUUUAAUGAUAAAAGAUCGUCGAGUCGAACAAUUGAAAGUUCAAAGUACUUGUCUGUUUUGGUUCAUUACGAAAAAUCUGGCGGAAAUAAAUUUAAAUUCCGUUGAAACUCGUUUAACACCAUGUUACGACAUUCUUGUGCAGAAUUCUCAAGAAUAUAUUAUUAUGCAAAUAAAUAUGGCCAUUACAGGCAUUAUUUCUACCUCACUUAAAACAACUUUAAAAAAGUUACUACUAGUGUUACUUGUGAUUUUGUUUGUUGUUUGCGCCCAUUGGGUAAUUGCUGUUUUAAAUACACAUUUUCAUGGUGACAAUUCACUUUGA